AUGCUUCUCCAAAUUUUAUCCGGCAGAAUCUCUUAUACAAUCGAUAUUCAUCCCGAUACUCUCAUCGGGCAAAUUUUUGAUCUUUUGUCCCGCCAAGGAAUCCUUCCUGACAAUGCAAAGCUGUUUUACCGUUUCUAUUACCAUGGCGCCCGUCUCAAUAUGGAUUUAACUUGUAAUAAUUAUGGAAUUUCACAAGACUCUGUCAUUUGCCUUUCCCCCUUAUCUUCUUCCCCUAUGGAUCACUCUGUCUUUGAUGACUCUUCUCCCUUGUCGUUUUAUUUGAGUGUAGAACCUAUGCAUCCUUCACAAUUCUCUUCCCUCCCUUCAUGUAACUCUUCCGUUUCCGCCUCAACCUUUAAAACUACGAUUCCUCCCUUGCCACCUUCUGAACAAAAUCCCAUCAAGGCCACUGCUUCUCCCCCUUCUUCCCAUCCAUUCAGAAGACGCUGUUCGCAGCCAACUUGUACAAAACUGACACUUCGCUUGGCUGGCCACUGCUUACAUUGCGACAUGGCUUAUUGCGCCGCCCAUCGACUCAUGGAAGAUCAUGAUUGUAAUGCUCUCAAGAAUCUACGAAAGGAGGAACAUGAACGAAACCGUCUUAAACUAGAAAAGGAGCACUGUGACGGAUUGAUUAGUAAAGUAUAA